UAUUUGGAAUAGAUUGUGUCCAGUACACACACAAGUAAAAGAUAGCAGUUUCACAAAACAAACAAACAAAAACUAUGUAUGAUAGCUAAACACAUGCAGAUGUGUUCAGAAUCAUUAAUUAUAUGGGAAAAUAAAACUACAAUAAUUACGAGUUUGCUUCAAAGUUAGAAAGAAAGAAAAAGAAAGAAGAAAGAAAAAAGACAAGACAAUCCGUACCCAGGGAAUGUUGGUCAACUUUAGUUCUUUAAUUCUAUCAGUGGGGAUGCAAACUGGUAUGGCCACUUUGGAAAAGAGGAGAUAGUUUCCUAAAAAAGUUUUAACAGAGGUUACUGCAGGACCCGGCUGAUCUGGCGGAAGAGGUAACCGGUGUCUCCAUUUUUCGAAAUUCAUUGAACUGUACACUUCAGCUGUGUGCACUUUAUAAACCGCACCACUCCAAAAGCAAGGCUCGAACUUCAAGGCGGUUUCCAAGGUGCGUUUGGGUCCCUACUGGCAGCGGCGGCUCUCUGGAUCAGAAUCGAAACUGGAUCCCCGCCCCUCCCCGCGCCGCGAGACAGUUUCGAUUUCCAGGCGCCGGUCCUGGCCGCUUUUCCCUCGGGUUUCCUUCUUGGAAAGUCCCCACGGCGCUCAUCCUGGGCGGCUGUUGGGGAGCCAGGGCGCUCAUCGCUCGCGAGGAGCCACAGAAUGACAGCUGAACAGCGGCAGAAUCUGCAAGCAUUCAGAGAGUAUGUCAGGAAGACUCUGGACCCCACCUACAUCCUCAGCUACAUGGGUCCCUGGCUCCAGGAGGAUGAGGUCCAGUACAUCCAGGCUGAGAAAAACAACAAGGGCCCGAUGGAGGCUGCCUCACUGUUCCUCCAGUACCUGCUGCAGCUGAGGAGCGAUGGCUGGUUCCGGGCCUUCUUGGAUGCUCUGUACCAUGCAGGUUACUGUGGACUUUAUGAAGCCAUUGAAAGUUGGGAUUUCCAAAAAAUUGAAAAGUUAGAGGAACAUAGAUUACUUUUACGACGUUUACAACCAGAAUUUAAGGCCAGAAUCAACCCAACAGAUAUCCUUUCUGAAUUGUCUGAAUGCUUAAUUAAUCAGGAAUGUGAAGAAAUCAGACAGAUCUGCUUCACCAAAGGGAUGAUGGCAGGUGCGGAGAAGAUGGUCGAGUGUCUUCUCAGGUCGGAUAAGGAGAACUGGCCCAAGGUUCUGAAACUUGCUUUGGAGAAAGAAGACAACAAGUUCAGUGAACUGUGGAUUGUUGAUGAAGGUUUGAAAAGGGUUGAAAGUAAAGCUGCUGAAGAUGAUGGAACAGAGAUGUCCAGCAUACAGAUUUUCAUACAGGAAGAGCCAGAGUGCCAGAUUCUCAGUCAGAAUCCCUGCCCACCCUCAGAAGCAUCUUCUAAUAAUUUGAACAGCCCAUUGAAACCAAGAAAUUACCAACUGGAGCUUGCUCUGCCUGCUGAGAAAGGGAAAAAUACAAUAAUAUGUGCUCCUACUGGUUGUGGGAAAACCUUCGUGUCACUUCUUAUAUGUGAGCAUCAUCUUAAAAGAUUCCCACGUGGACAGAAAGGGAAAGUGGUCUUCUUUGCUAAUCAAAUUCCUGUCUAUGAACAGCAGGCAACUGUGUUCUCACGCUAUUUUGAAAGACUUGGGUACAACGUAGCAGGCAUUUCUGGGGCAACGACUGAUAAUGUCUCAGUGCAGCCCAUUAUUGAAAACAAUGACAUCAUCAUCCUGACACCCCAGAUUCUCGUGAACAAUCUCAACAAUGGGACCAUCCCCUCACUGUCCGUCUUCACCUUGAUGAUAUUUGAUGAAUGCCACAACACCAGCAAACACCACCCGUACAAUCAGAUCAUGUUCAGAUACCUAGAUCACAAACUUGGAGAGUCGCCAGACCCACUGCCUCAGGUCAUCGGGCUGACUGCCUCAGUUGGUGUUGGAGACGCCAAAACCGUAGAGGAAGCCAUUCUGCACAUCUGCAAACUCUGUGCUGCCCUGGAUGUGUCCGUGAUCGCCACGGUCAGGGACAACGUGGAAGAACUCGAGCAGGUUGUUUAUAAGCCCCAGAAAAUUUUCAGGAAAGUGGAAUCACGGACUGUCAACACCUUCAAGUCCAUCAUAUCUCAGCUGAUGAAGGAGACAGAGAAACUGGCAAAGAAUGUCUCCGAGGAACUUGGAAAGUUUUUUCAAAUUCAAAACAGAGAAUUUGGCACCCAGAAGUACGAACAGUGGAUUGUUGCAGUGCACAAAGCGUGCAUGGUCUUCCAGAUGCCAGACAAAGAGGAGGAGAGCAGGAUCUGCAGAGCGCUCUUUCUGUACACAUCACAUCUGCGGAAAUACAACGAUGCUCUCAUCAUCAGUGAGGACGCACAGAUGAAGGAUGCCCUUAAUUACCUCAAAGCCUUCUUCCAUGAUGUCCGAGAAGCAGCAUUUGAUGAGACUGAGCAAGAUCUUACUCGGAGGUUUGAAGAAAAGCUGGAGGACCUAGAAAAGGUUUCCACAGAUCCCAGCAACGAGAACCCGAAACUCAGAGACCUCUACUUGAUCUUACAAGAAGAGUACCACUUAAAGCCCGAGACCAAAACCAUUCUUUUCGUGAAAACCAGAGCACUUGUAGAUGCUUUAAAGAAGUGGAUUGAAGAAAAUCCUGGACUCGGCUUUCUAAAGCCUGGCAUAUUGACUGGACGAGGCAAAACCAACCAGGCCACAGGGAUGACACUCCCAGCCCAGAAGUGUGCCCUGGAAGCAUUCAGAGCCAGUGGAGAUAACAACAUUCUGAUUGCUACCUCGGUCGCUGAUGAAGGCAUUGACAUUGCUCAGUGCAAUCUGGUCAUCCUGUAUGAGUAUGUGGGCAAUGUCAUCAAAAUGAUCCAAACCAGAGGCAGAGGGAGGGCGAGAGACAGCAAGUGCUUCCUCCUGACCAGCAAUGCUGACGUGAUAGAAAAAGAAAAGGUGAACAUGUUCAAGGAGAGAAUAAUGAACGAGUCCAUCUCAAGACUUCAGACAUGGGAUGAAACGAAAUUUGAAAAGAUGGUUCGCCAUAUACAGUUGGAUGAAAAAUUCAUCAGAGAUAGUCAACACAAACCACCACCUGUCCCUGAUAAAGAAAAUAAGAAACUGCUGUGUGGGAAGUGCAAGACCUUUGCAUGCUACACAGCUGACAUCCGAGUGGUCGAGCAAUCCCAUUACACCGUGCUUGGAGAAGCUUUUAAGGAACGCUUUGUGUCUAAGCCACACCCGAAACCAAAGACCUACGAUAGUUUCGAGAAGAAAGCAAAAAUAUUCUGUGCCAUUCAGAACUGCCGCCACGACUGGGGGAUCCACGUGAGAUACAAGACGUUCGAGAUUCCAGUCAUAAAAAUUGAAAGUUUUGUGGUGGAAGAUAUUGCAAGUGGAGCCCAGAACCGGCACUCAAAGUGGAAGGACUUCCAUUUUGACAGAAAACAGUUUGAUCCUGCAGAAAUGUCCAUAUGACCUCACGGCUCCCGAGUCUUUCAGUCCAGGGAGCCACGACUCCCCGAGUGCAGAAGCAAUGAACCGACUCUUUCUUACACAAGCUUAUACUGUGUCGAAGGCCGGAUCACCUGACCUGUCUGUUCCGAGCAGUUCUCAUCCACACAACACGCAUGUGCAUGAACUGCAGCACUGAGUAGUACUUUGUUUAGCAAUAACUCAGCACUUGGCGAGGGGGAGGGUUGAAAAGCUUCCCUUUUAUACUUUUCAGAACUGCCGGCCAAGAGAACACACAGCCACUCAGUGCAUCAGGAUGGAUGAAGUGUUGGAAGGUUUUCCUUACUCCCCUUUUCUCAAUCUGCCACAAGAUGCUUUGCCCUUAACAAGCUACUGAAUUUGUUCUUUUUAAGGUCACCGGGCUGACUGCCAAAUCCAACGGGCAUUUCUGGUUCUUACAUUGGACUCCUUUCCUGCUUUUGGCAGUCACACUCCCCUUUGGGUUCUCUUGGUUUCUGAUUCUUCUAGUCUUUUUCUGUUGGUCUUUGCUGACACAAGCACAGGUGAUUAGAGUGACCUAUACCCUUAAAAUGUCAAACGCCGUGGCAGACAGCUAUGCUCGCUGAGAAGGCAUUUCUUUCUGCUCAUUUACUAUACAUCUUACUCUGUAAUAUGUUCUUUUCACUUGGACCAUUUCCCCUCCUUGACUAGACAUCUCAAGCCAUGGUUGCCCCCUCCCUCUCCCCCUCCAGACAGGGUCUCUCUGUAGACCAGGAACUAGAUAUGUAGCCUUGAAUUCACAGAUUCCCCUUAUCUCCCUAGUGCUGGGAUUAAAGGCUUAUGCAACCAUACCCGGUUCUAGCUAUUUUCAAUAAAGGCUAAUGUUUAACAUUUCCAGUUAAUAUGGCUUUUUUUUUUUUUUGCUUUUAAAGACAAGGUUCCUAGAACUCUCUCUGUAGACCAGGCCGGCCUUGACCUCAGGGAUCUGCCUGACUCUGCCCCUCCAGUGCUGUGAGGAAAGGCUUGCCCUUUCUUCUUAAAUAUUAUAUCUUCAAAUGGCAUUCCUGUCUUUCUUGCUGAGGGUUACAAAUACUUCAGAGGCCGGGCGGUGGUGGCGCACGCCUUUAAUCCCAGCACUCAGGAGGCAGAGGCAGGUGGAUCUUCGUGAGUUCCAGGCCAGCCUGGUCUACAGAGCGAGAUCCAGAAAAGGCACAAAGCUACACAGAGAAACCCUGUCUCAAACACACACACACACACACACACACACACACACACACACACACACACACACACACACACACACACACACACACACACACACAAAACAAAACCCAAAUACUUCAGAGAGCUUUCAUGGGGUCCUUCAGCUUAAGAGACAAGUGCCCAAGUGAUGUAACCACCAACAUACCAAAGCACUCUGUGUUCAGUUCAGAGUAGGAUCUGUACUGCUUUGGAGUCAGUACAGCGAUUUAAACAUCUCCCUAGAAGUUAUUUGUAAUUUAUUAGUGCCAUCAAUGGCCCAAACAAAACUGCAGAGGUCACAGGACCACAUAACUCUUUUCACAUGACAUUUCUAUCUGAAGACUAUCCCAAGACUACCCAGUGCACAGUGGGCCACCCAAAUCAACCCUGGAGGUCAACAAUGCUAUGGGAUAACACCCUACUUCCCACUUGUUCUUAUGUCCAGAGAAUUAACCAGCAACAGAACUUCUUUUUGGAAGAAAGCAAACUGUAGGGAUUACACUUUUAAUUGAAUAUAUGAAAAAAGAUAAUAUGUAGUAGUUAUUGAUAAUAGUUAUUGGUAAAAUUCUUAAUAAGCUGCAAUAAAAUAAAAUAAAGAUUAAGUGAAUUUUCUGA